GAGGAUUUAUUUAAUAUAGAUGAAUUCCAGAUAGAAACUUUAGCAGCUGACAACAAAAGACUUCAUGAAGAGAUUGCAAGACUAGAAAAAGAAAAGGAAAGUGAGCCGGAUCGUAGAGUAUCACUACGAAAUGUGAAAUCAUCUCUUCAAGCAGAUGUCCAGAAAUACCAGGCUUAUUUGGCUAAUCUGGAAUCUCAUAUAGCCAUCCUUGAUCAAAAAAUGGAAGGUGUUAAUGAGGAAGUUGAGACAGCGGAAAUGGAAGUAGAAGCAAUGAAGCAGGAGAAUGCCCGGCUCCAGCACAUCUUUGAUAACCAAAAGUACUCAGUUGCGGACAUUGAGAGAAUAAAUCAUGAGAGAAAUGAGUUGCAGCAAACCAUUAACAAACUGACUAAGGAAGUGGAAGCAGAAGAACAUCAGCUGUGGAACGAAGAGCUAAAAUAUGCUAGGAAUAAAGAGGCGAUUGAAAUGCAACUGGCAGAGUACCAUAAACUGGCUCGAAAGCUGAAAUUAAUUCCAGUAAGUGCUGAGAAUUCCAAAGGCCAUGACUUUGAGAUUCAGUUUAAUCCUGAGGCAGGACCAAAUUGCCUAGUCAAAUACAGAACUCAGAUCAAGGCUCCCCUUAUGGAGAUCAUAAACCAGACUGAGGAAGAAAUUAGGAAGGCUACUCAACGGAAAAUGAGUUUGGAAGAUACUUUAGAACAGGUGAAUGUAAUGGUAGUGGACAAGAAAAGCAGUGUUAAAAUGCUGAAAGAAGAAGCUGAAAAGCUGGAUGAUCUUUACCAUCAAAAGCUUAAGGAAGCAGAAGAGGAAGAGCAAAAAUGUGCAAAUGAACUGGAAUUGUUAGAGAAGCAUAAACAAUUACUUGAGAGUGGUGUCAAUGAAGGUCUCAGUGAAGCCACAAAUGAAUUGCAUGAUCUUCAAAGACAAUAUCAAGUUGUUAUGCAAACAACAACAGAAGAGACCAGGAAAGCUGGUGAUAACUUGAAUCGUCUUUUAGAGGUGAUUGCUACUCAUGUAGUAUCUAUAGAGAAAUAUCUUGAUGAACAGAAUGUGAAAAUUGACAGAGACUAUGAAGAAUUCAUGUCUGAAGAUCUAUUGUCAACCUUGACUGGAAUUCUAGACAGUUACAAAAAGAAGGCUGAAAGUUUGUAACUACCAAAAAGGUGGAAAUGAAAACUUUGCAUUUCUGAAGCUCUCCUAUGGUGCCUUCUAAAAGGAUGGGUACUUCCUGGGUUUAGCAGUGAAACUGUUUUUAAGUGUAAGGAAAUGUUUAUGAACUUUCUUUGGUUUAUUGACACAAAUACAUUAAAGAAUUAAACAAUAUAUUUG